AUGUUUUCAAAAUAUGAUUUUCUGAAGGAUGUGAGUCCUGCCAAGGAGGACUGGAGGAUUAAGGUGAAGGUGGUUCGGGCUUGGAAAGUUCAUAACUUUCAACGUAGAGAUUUUGACGACAAUGUUGAAAUGGUUUUAUUGGAUGAACAUGGUGGUAGGAUCCGCGCCACUGUCAAAGGUUCGUUGCCGAUUCGGAAGAAAAUCCACGAAGGAGACUGCUAUUUUAUAAAAAAAAUUAGAGUUGGAUUCAAUAGCGAUGUGUUCAGGCCAACCAAGCAUCAAUAUCGUUUGUCUUUCAAUUUGAGGACUGAUCUUAAAUCAAUUGUUGAUUCUAAUCUUUCUGCGAGUGAAUUUGAUUUUGUUGAUUAUGACAUCAUUGAGAAAGAAACAUCUGACUCUCCUUAUUUAGUGGACGUCAUUGGUUUAAUCUCAGGAAUUGGUGAAGUUUGUGAACGUGUGGUGUCUGGUAGGAAGACGAAAAUGAUUGUGUUGGAGCUUGACAACCUGAGGGGUCAAAAGCUGGAGUGCACUUUGUGGUUGCAUUAUGCGGAUGAGGUCUAA